UGCUUAGACAUGUCAAAUAUCCGAUAUGUUUUUAAAUAAAAAGGAGCGUCAAUCCGGGAUAUAAGCCAUUUAAAUUAUUUAUCUAUGAAUUUCAACAGUCACCAAAUCAAACGAUAAUACAAGAUGGUUAUGGAAUCAAAGACAACUAGUAAAACUAGUUCACUCAAGGCAUUGUUAUUGAGAGCUUGGAGGGAAAGGUGGACUGAUUUGCAAUGGGGCAUUAAUAUAAAAACCGUUUUGCCUCGUGGAGUUAGCGGGGAUGUCUAUAAUUUGGCGGAUUGCAUCCUACAACAGGCAGUUGUUGGUGCAGGAGCCAACCAGUUAGUUUUAAGUUAUCUUCGACAUUCAUUAAGUGCUCAGUUAGUUUCGCACGCGGCCGUUUUACAAAGACUGAGUAAAUACAGCCAAAUGACAAAAGUGCAUUGUGUCCUAAGUUUACUUGAAUUUUUGGAAGGUAUGUUACCAGGGGUAACAUGUUGUGGAAAACCUGAGGAAACUGUACUUGCAACGGCGGUUUUAUCGACUGCCUUCUGGCUGUUAAAUAUUUUACAACAAUGCAAACAGUCUACUAACUUAGUGCAAAAGGUUACAGAACUAUUAAAAGUCUUAAUUACAGAUGAUUUUUACAUAUCAAUGAUGUGCUUGGCAAAAUACAAUGAUCCUGAGUUGUUCCAAGAAACAAGUGGGAAAUGCAAUGAACUUCUCUCCACAACUUUGGAAGGGGAUGAAGUGAGGUUGUAUGUUGCCAAAUUGGAAAAUAUUGAUGUCAAUAGUUUAUGUUUGCCAGUUACUAGUGAAAAAUGGCCUGGCUCACUAAUUCAGUGCUGGCUUGAAGUAAAACUUAUUGGUGAUCCAGGUGCACUAACUUCUGUACUUGCAGAGCAAUUGCAAACAUUUCAAAGGCUCAAAGGUUUUAGUGAUGCCCGAUUGUAUGCUGAAUUAAUUAGAGGGAGUCUGUUAGCUUUGUAUAAUGGAGGUCAGACUUCACAAGAAAGUCACUGGGGUGCAUUUGCCUUUUUGAAAGUGCCACACAUUUUGCUCGAAAUUUCUGGAAAGGCUGACAGUGCAAGUGUUGUUGCUGCGAUUGAACUGCUGCUUCAGCACAAUCCCUUAUUAGAUGCAAUGGACGCAAAGAGUUCCUGUUCGAGUUUGAAAUGUCUGCUGGAUGAACUGGCAAAACUCCGACUAUUGAACGAGGGUCAGGUAAAGAGUCUUUUAGACAAACGAAAGCUCCCAACCACGCUUAAAUUGGACAACAACCAAAGCACGGGUAUUCCUAAAGUGAUACUUUGUGCCGAAUCUACUUUGGCGGGAAUUUUAAAGACCCUGUCAACAGAUUACCAUAAAAUACAGGAUGCUAUUUUGGGCAUGUUACAUCAGGUGUUGACCGGCAAAAGUUUUGAACUCAUACUUGCCGUUGCCUGCAGUUCGGGACAGUUGAGAACACUCGUCAGUCGAUUGAUAAGGUUUAACGAGUGUUCAAAGUUAGGUGGCGAUAAAGCCAGGACACAGUUAUUUGACAUUAGCUUUGUCAUGCUCAUAUCCAUUGUUCAGACUUAUGGAGCUGCCGCCGUUUUGGAUCCCGACGGUGAUUCCCUUUUUGAGCAAUGGGUAAACAGCUGUAUGGUAGAUCGGCAGAAACCGAAGGCGCCAACUCAGCUGUUAAACUUAAGUGAUCCUAUGGUCAUAGAAAGUUUAAUUACACAAUUUAAUUCAGGUGAAACAGAUUUUAAACCGAACAUAAAACUGCAGGAUGUCUUGUUUAGUAUGUCGGGUGUAAUGCACGAGGUUCUGAUGGCUUGGGAACAGGGGGCUCUGGUCGCUUCAGACGUGAAAAGAAUUCUGGAUGCUGUCCGCGGCAAGAUGUGUUGCCUCCCUAUAGCCGCGGCAGCUUGGCUGUGUUCGUUCAUGAGGACUGCCCCCCAGGAAACUUUGCUUAAACCUAUUAACAUGGUCCAGCAAUUGCUCGCGACUCCUGCAACGGAAGAAGAUAGUUUGAGGGAUCGUUGGCACCUAACCUGUGAAAUCAUCAGAAAAAUGCAAAGAGAUGUACAGUUACCCCUACCGACGAAAAGCAACGAUCAUUUGGUGUCGCGCCAUCCUGCGACGGAACAGCUGCAUAACGCUUGGACAUGGGGCAUCACCAAAGGCUGGCUUGAUCACAAUUCUGCGAGCACGUUGCGCUGCCUGUUGGACACGGCCGGUCCACGAUGGCUGGUAAACGCCGUUAUCCAGGAGCUUUUGAAGCUUAGAUUCAAAGAUCAAUUACAGAGGGGCGUAGAUCUAGCUCUGGCGAUUUUUCACGUGGAUAUUGCAUCUUGUACUUCCCAACUCCUUUCCCACGUUUUGCCGCAGUUGUUGUACAUUGACAUGCAAGCUUAUUCUCUGAUGGAGCCGCAACUGUCCGCUUUAGCCUACUUAACUAGUUGCUGUCUUUAUACAGCGUGGGACUGUCUUUCAGAAGAUUUGGAAGGAGAGCCGUCGCAACCAAAAAUCCCACGACUGGUUGAAAACAUUGGGGAAAGAAGCCCCACUGAUGAAUUUAUAAACUCAUUUCGCCAGCUACUGGCGAUGUUCGAAACAGGCCUGCAAGAGGGCAGCGUGACGCCCCAAACGUAUUUCGUGUUUUAUUUUAUAAAGUCGCUGGUAGAGGUGAAAAUAAAUUCCGCGGUCGCUAUUUUGGCUGCUAUACCACCUCUCCUGAUUUCGGAUUUACUGAAGACUUUACCAGAGUUAUUUGAUUAUUCAAUUUUGCUGCAUUUGCACGACGUGUGCAAUAGCUCUGGAAGAAUUAAUAUGGCGAAGGAUCUGUGUAUUUUAAGAAACUAUCGGCUUAAGAAAUUUUAGCUGUAGUUAUAUUAAUAAUUUACAUUUUUAAAGUAAACUUUGAAGUUCGCAGAUAAGUAUGAACAAAAUCAACGUAAUUUAUUUAAUCUUCGAGUGCAACUAACCUAAGUCAUAAGGUCCCAUGGGUUUCAGAAGUGAAACAUUAUUUUAAUGAUUAGUGAUUAUUUAUCGAAGACUAAUUGUUUUUUUUUUAAUAUCCCAUGAAUAUCAGACCUCGUUGAGAUUUAUAUCACGAACCCAAAUUGUUUGGACUCUAAUAUACAUUUUACCACAUGCAAAUGCUAAUAGUAUUCAGUUCAAUUCAAUUUAAUUUAAUUUGAGACAUCUAUAUCAGACAAUACUAUAAACCUAAAAAACAACUAUGGAAAAUCUAUCAACACGUGAUUUGAAAUACACAGCUCUGAAUUAUAGUUAUUGUAAAAUAUAGUUUUAUUUUUACUCAUUUUUUAAAUAUAUUUAUAAUGAGAUAACCAAGACUUUUUGAUUUACGUGAACAAAAUUUUUCAUAAAAAAGGUUUUUCUGUUUGUAGCUAAAAGGGAAUACAACUCGAGUAAGGCGCAAUACAUCUCGAUGUAUAUAGAGCAAGUGUAAGUUUAAUAUUUUUUCUUUUGUUUUCCAGCCUGAGACAAGACCUGGAUGUCUAAUCAAUUUCUCUGUGAUACUGAAAUAUCUUUGUCAUAACCUUGGUGGUUUCGUUUAUUAUACUAACACUCAAGAAAGAAAUUAUGUCACACUAUGCAGUGAACGGCUGAUAUAUGGAACAUAUUCACUUAAAAAUAGAUAGCGAUACAAAGUUCCUUUUUUUAACAAAACACCAUUUUUUAAAAUU